AUGGCCCGGGCCAGCAGCCCCAGCGGCGACGCGGAGCGGGCGGGGGGCGCCGAGGCGCAGGACCCCUGGGAGCUGUCCCUGGAGGAGGUGCUGAAGGCGUACGAGCAGCCCAUCAACGAGGAGCAGGCGUGGGCCGUGUGCUUCCAGGGCUGCCGCGGGCUGCGGGGCGCGCCAGGCGCCGGGCGCAUCCGGGACACGGCGGACAUCCUGCUGCGCCGCGACGGCUCGGUGGGCGCGCGCCGGGGCCCGGGCGCGCAGGAGCCCACAACCAUGGUGGUGUCACCAGGCAGCUCGGAAGCCCAGAUGGUGCAGUCACUGGGCUUCGCCAUCUACCGCGCACUGGACUGGGGCCUGGAUGAGAGUGAGGAGCGUGAGCUUAGCCCCCAACUGGAGAGGCUUAUUGACCUCAUGGCCAACAGCGAUGGUGAUGACAGCAGCUGUGGGGCCGACGAGGGCUAUGGAGGCCCAGAGGAGGAGGAGGAGGCCGAGGGCAGCCCGCGAGCAGUGCGUACCUUUGCUCAGGCCAUGCGGCUGUGUGCUGCGCGCCUGACAGAGCCCCGUGGGGCACAGGUGCACUACCAGGCUGUGUGCCGCGCACUCUUCUUGGAGACGCUGGAGCUGCGCGCCUUCCUCGCCCGUGUGCGAGAGGCCAAGGAGAUGCUACAGAAGUUUCGGGAGGAUGAGCCACCGGCAGAGAAGCCCCCAGCAGAGCUCAAUGACCUAGGGCGCACAGACUGGGCCAGACUCUGGGUCCAGCUCAUGCGGGAGCUUCGCCACGGAGUGAAACUCAAGAAGGUGCAGGAACAGGAGUUCAACCCGCUGCCCACUGAAUUCCAGCUGACUCCCUUUGAGAUGCUCAUGCAGGACAUCCGUGCCCGCAACUACAAGCUGCGGAAAGUCAUGGUUGAUGGGGACAUCCCUCCCAGAGUGAAGAAGGACGCCCAUGAGAUCAUCCUGGACUUUAUCCGCUCGCGGCCACCACUAAAACAGGUCUCGGAGAGGCGACUACGCCCAUUACCACAGAAGCAGAGGACCCUGCAUGAGAAGAUCCUAGAGGAGAUCAAGCAGGAGCGAAAGCUGCGGCCCGUGGGUGUCUCACCCUGGGAUGGCCGCGGUGAGGGGUUCGGCUCCCUGCCCUGCAUCCUCAACGCCUGCUCCGGGGACCUUAAGUCCACUUCCUGCAUGAACCUGUCCGUCCCAGAUGCCAGCAGCAGCACCCAGCGUCCACGACCCCGGGUCCUGCUCAAAGCACCUACCUUGGCUGAGAUGGAAGAGAUGACCACAUCAGAGGAGGAAGAGUCCCCAUGCGGAGAGAUGACCAUGAAGCGGGAUCGCUCCUUCUCCGAGCAUGACCUUGCCCAGCUCCGGAGUGAGAUGGCCUCAGGCCUGCCAGCCUCUGAGCCCUCGGUGGAGAGGAAGCCAGCAGCCAGGCCUCGAGCAGGCAGUGUGCACACCUGGAGACCCAGCUCCCAGGACCCAGGUUCCGCCACUGUGAGUGUCCAGGCUCAGCUUGACCCGGGCCUACCAUUCAGCAGCCUAGAGCCAGUGGAGGGGAGGUCUGAGGCUGUCUCCACCCUGGACAGCCAGGCCAAGCACUUGUGGCUGGAGUUCAGCCAUCCUGUGGAAAGCCUGGCACUGACUGUGGAGGAGGUGAUGGACGUGCGCCGUGUGCUGGUAAAGGCUGAGAUGGAGAAGUUCCUGCAGAACAAAGAGCUCUACAACAACCUGAAGAAGGGGAAGAUAUGCUGCUGCUGUCGGAUCAAGUUCCCACUCUUCUCCUGGCCACAAACCUGUCUCUUUUGUAAGAGAGCUGUCUGCUCUUCGUGUAGUGUCAAGAUGAAGAUGCCAUCUAAGAAGCUGGCCCAUAUCCCUGUGUACACACUGGGCUUUGAGAGUCUUCCCAGGGCUUCAAGUGCCACAGCCACAGCCACACAGAGAAAAGACAUCUUCCAGUCCCUGCAGGGGCCCCAGUGGCGGGGCGUGGAGGAGGAAUUCCCUCACAUCUAUGCCCAUGGCUGCCUCCUGAGGGGCGUCUGCAGUGACUGCACCAGCUUCGUGGCGGAGGUGGUCCGCUCCAGCCGCAAGAGCGUGGAUGUCCUCAACACCACGCCGCGCCGUGCCCGCCAAACCCAGUCCCUCUACAUCCCUUCCGCCAGGACUCUGGACUUGUAG